AUGAAUAUCUUCACACAGUUUGCAACACAAUUUCUUAUUAAUAAAAAUACAUUGACACAAUUAUUAAAAACAUUACGUUGUUCAAAUGAAUUUAUUACUGAAUUUCGUAAUAAUCAUAUUUAUAUUAAUGAAGAUGUUAUUCGACAAAAAAUUCGUAUGUUAUGUGUUAUAACAGAAGAUGAAUCUUUUCAAGAUUUACUUUGUCAUGAUAAUGGUAUACAAUUAGUUUUUCAUGCAACACCACAUGAAUAUCGUUUUAUGAGAUUUCGUAUUAGUUUUGAUAUUAAAAUUAUUACUGUUAUUUUAAAUAAUGAACAACAAACUUUACAAUUUUUAAUUAGUAAUAUACAAAUAAAAUCACUCAAUCAACUUUCAAAACCAUUUCGAUUUUGUAUUCAGUCCAAAGCUCGAACAUUGGUAAUUGAUGAAUUUGAACGUAUAUGUACAGAACAAAAAAUUCCAUUUGAACGAUUAUUUAAAAAUAUGAAACAUCCUAUAGUUUAUCGAAUAAGUUUAUCACAUAUGAAAGAAUUAGAUCAUUUACGUGAACGUUAUUUACUUAUUGGUAAUCGAUCUAUACUUGAUUUAAUACAAAUAACAUGUAUUGAACAUCGUGAACAAGCAAUUGUAUUAGAUUAUUGUUUGAAAACAACAAUAGAUGAUGGAAAAUUUUCUUCUUCUUCUGUACAGCAAUUAUCUCUAUCGAAACGUUCAAUGUUGUCAUAA